AUGGCUGAAACUUCAGGAGUUCGCCCGCGUGUGUAUUUCGAUAUUGAGAUUGGUGGAAUACCAGAAGGAAGGGUUGUCUUUGAGCUGUUCAACGAUGAGAACUUCCGUGCCCUCUGCACCGGUGAAAAGGGAGAGGGCAAGUCCGGAAAGCCAUUGAGUUACAAGGGAUCUAUCUUCCACCGAAUUAUCAAGCAGUUUAUGAUCCAGGGUGGUGACUUCACUGAGUUUAACGGCACCGGCGGAGAGUCGAUCUAUGGCGAGAAAUUCGACGACGAGAACUUCGAACUCAAGCACAACCGUCCAUUCCUACUCUCAAUGGCUAAUUCUGGACCCGGAACCAAUGGAAGUCAGUUCUUUGUUACCACUGUUCCAACCCCUCACCUUGACGGAAAGCACGUCGUCUUCGGAGAGGUAAUCAACGGCAAGGGUCUUGUCCGCAGAGUGGAACAACUCCCCACUAGCCCAGAUGACAAGCCGCAUUCGGAAGUCAAAGUUGUUGCAUGUGGCGAAAUCACGGGCGAAGAAUAUGAAACCGCUACGAAGCGUGCCGUCGACCCAACUGGGGACAAAUACGAAGAUUAUCCGGAAGAUAACAACCAAGAGUUCACGGGCCCUGAGUAUUUCAAGAUUGCCACUGAACUCAAGGAGUUUGGCAACACUGCCUUCAAGUCCGGCAAUGUGCAGUUAGGCCUGGAGAAAUAUCAAAAGGGCCUGCGCUACCUCAAUGAGUACACCGAACCUGCUGAAAACGACCCACCAGAGCUUGCCUCACAGAUGGUGGCUCUCCGAUUUGCUCUCCACUCCAACUCCGCCCUCCUUGCAAACAAACUGAAACGCUUCAAUGACGGCCGAGCUUGGGCAGGAUACGCUCUUGACCAGGCGGAUUUUGCCAAAGCCAAGGAUGCAGACCGGGCAAAGGCUCACUACCGACGAGCCAUUGCCCUCGCUGGGUUGAAGGAGGAGGACGAUGCUCUCAAGGAACUAGAAACUGCUGCCAAAUUUGCGCCCAACGAUGCUGGAAUCGUUGCUGAGAUCUCUCGUGUGAAGAAGAGCAUUACCGAGCAGGAUCGCAAGGCUAAAGCCGCUGCGAAGAAGUUCUUCUCCUGA